AUGAUCCCGCCUACGUCCGCGGUGCUUACGGCCUUCCUGUCUUUGGGAGGGUUGGAGCUGGUUGCAGCUCGGGACGCCGCCGUCGAGCAAGCGCUUAAACCCCGAUUCAUCCCCAAAUAUUUGAAGAGACAGAUCAAUUAUACACCAUCUUUCACUCCAUCGUCAGGACCAGGGACAUCUGAUGUGGCGUCAGGACGAGAUGCAGGUACGACGCCUCCUGCGCCUGGCCCCCCAGUGGUCGUUAUUCCCGUUACUAUUUCGGUAGAUCGAAACGGAGUCACGCAUACUAUCACGGGCGCCCUGCCGACUGGAACGUCCGGUGCCGUGACUUCAAUAAGCUCUACGUCGAUUUCAGAGCAACCUGUCUCGCCUCCCCCAGCCAGCAACCCCGUGGUGGCCGCACAAUCUUCCAACAAAGAUGUAACCUCUCAGCCUACAAAGAACACAGAGUCGGACACGAGCGCCUCGAAUUCGGGGUCUGCCCCUCCAGUGUCGAGCCAUGGCGCUACCCCGGGCGAUGCAGGGAACACCCUUGGUAGUAGCUCUGGGAAAGCAGUAUCAGGCACUCCCAUUCCCGCCCUCCCUGUCGCUCCUGUCAACCCGACAAGUGACGCGAUUCUGGAGAACCCAAAACAAACAGGGUCAACAACAUCGAUUCCUGUAAUUGGUUCUGGUACUGCUUCGAGCACUCUAUUGCCUUCGAGUGAGGGAUCCUCUUCCGGCGGAUCCGAGUCGACUUCGGUCCGAAUCAUCGAUCACAGUUCGACUCAGAGUAUCCCAUUGCCUUCGCCACAGCCUGAAGAUCCCUACCCUUCAGGCCAGUCUGAGUCGAGCACGGUCCCAAUCAUCGGUCUCAGUAGGACUAAGAGCACUCCACAGCCUACUAAGACGUCCGAUGAUACUACGACCCGCUCUAUCCCGGCGUCUAACUCGAGAGAGGGGUCAUCGUCACCUACUUCGUCUUCAGACUUGAUCGGUAUCAUAUUGUCUCCCAGCGGAACCGCUGAACCGACCACCAGUGACAGUAGCAGAGCUGAUCCUACAGGUUCCAGUGGUAUCUUACCCACUAUUGCGGUCAGCGUGCCUCUGAUGCCUUCGCUAUCAAAUGGGCCCAAAGUAACACCCCCGUUUAUCAGCCCUCAGCCUCUUCCCUCGGAUAGUUCGGGUCCUAUUGUCCCUAUACCAGGAGGGUCUGCCACAACUGACUUGACCGGAUCGUAUACUGGCACCGGGUCCCUAACUAUCACUGGAUCCACGACUGCCACGGGAUCUCACAAUGGCACCGCAUCUGAGACUGCCACUGGAUCGCCAGGAUCUAAAAGUACUCUUGGAUCGUCGGGCGCUCAUGGUACCUCGAGUUCCACACGUACAAGCGGAGCCGUCAUUCCUACUGGCACCAGGUCCGGGUCCGCAGGUCUGUCAUCGACUGCUGUCAGCUCUACCAAGACAUCACCAUCGAAGGCCACCAACCCGACGAAUCCGAAUUCCACGUCUGCUCAUGUUCCAAGCACGGAGCCGCCAGAACAGUCGAGCACAGCAACGUCAAAUACUGAACCAACACCGACGCCAGAGCCCUCCCCAGAACCAACCCCGAAGGCCAGUAGCAGCAGCAGCGGAUCCGACGACUGGGUGCCUUCCACCAUUCUUGUGGAGCCUCCAACCCCUACGACGCAAGAUUCGGCUACCCACGAGACCGCUACUGCUACCAGCACAAGCACGCAGCUUCCAGGUGCGAUUUCACCUCCUGGAGAGAUUAAGACCCCCAAGGAUGCCAUUAUGAUUCGGCUGGGAUUUAACGAGAAGCUUCGUUACAGUUUCGUCGCCACAACCACACUGUCUUCUUCCCAAAUCUUCCUUUACGUCCCGAAGGGUCUCAUGUAUGCAAUGGGACUCUCUAGUGACCAAGUAUCUAUGGUUACUAUUCAACCCCUACAGACCCAUGGCUAUCUCGCUACGACUGUUUUGGCAUAUGUUUCGAAGACUGACUAUCUAUGGAAUGGCAAUUCGAGUCAAUUCGAGCAAGAUAUGUGGAACCCCAAUUCGAGAGUUUACGAGCAGCCCAAUGAAUCGGUGAAAACACUGUUCUCGAUGCUGGAUCCCUCGAUCGAUCUCUGGCCCAACGGAAAACCAGGGUCUGACGGUGGGGGAUCGAACGGCAACGGGCAGAAUAGUGGUGGUAGUGGCAGUGGAGGCGAUGGUAAAGGCAACAACUCAGGUGGCAAUGGUGAUGGAGGUGCGAGUAGCAGCUCCACUGCUCGCCCUAGCUCCGUUGGCAUCGGCCUAGGUGUUGUGGCCGGUGCAGCUGCCUAUGGGGCAGGAAUGUUCUGGGUUGCUCGCCGGUACCGGAAGAAGCGUCAAUUGCACCGACGGUCAACCUCGAAUGUUGAGCAGCUGAGCGGUGCUGGAACGGCUUUCGCUACCGGUGGUCGCAUAUCUCGCAACAGUCAAGUCAGCCGGGGAGGAAGCGCUCGCACCCAGAUGAUCAGUGCACCUGUGAUGGCUGAGAACUCGCUCGGAUGGAACUAA